AUGGCAGGGAAAUCGAAAAGAUGGAUGAAUAAGAGCAGCUGUUCAAGUUCAAGUAGUUCAGGAAAUGUAUCUGACCCUGAUUAUGGUUCGAAAUUUUAUCAGAGGCGGUCUAAGCGAUAUGAUGUCACUUCACAUGGUGAUCGAGAAAAAGAGAACAUGCAGAUAGAGAGUAAUUCUUCUCGACUUAAAAGGAAACAUGGAUGCCCUUCCAAGAAUUGUAACCAUGAAAUAAGAGAGUCUUUAAAAUAUGAUACAGAAAUAGCAAAACGCAAACCAUAUUUGACCGACGUUGCGGAUUGUUGUGCUGAAAGGACUAGAGGUUUCACGUCUAGAAGGAAGAGGAAAUCCGAUAUUGAAAUUCACCAGAGUAAGCAAUGGUAUGCAUCUACAAGUAACAGAAGUUCAAUAGAUGAUAUCGAUUAUGAGAAUCCGAUAUGUGUUGGUGGAAGAAAAAGAAGUUCAGAGGAUAAGAAUGAGAAAGGGAACAUGAAGGCAACCGUAUUUUCUUGGCUAAUAGACACCAAUAUAAUUCAAGAAAAUGCAGAAGUAUUUUCUGUUGAUGAUAUAAGCAAGCAAAUGAAAAAUAAGGGAAUAAUCAAGAGAGAGGGAAUAUUGUGUCCCUGUUGUGAUAACAUCUUCGCAGCAGCAGCCUUUCAUAUUCAUGGUGGAAGGAAUUGUGAAAAACCAUAUGAAAGCAUAUUUCUUGCAAAGAAACAACAAUCCCUCUUUAAUUGCAUGAUUGAAGCCUGGAAUAGGCCAGACGAAUCUCAACGCCAUAAAUUUAACAUCAUCAAGGCUAAAAGUAAUGCCGUUGACUUGUAUGAUGAUGCUUGUAUGAUUUGUGCCGAUGGAGGAAAUUUGAUUUGUUGUGAAGAAUGUUACUCCACUUACCAUCAAGUAUGUAUUGAUCAUUGGGAAUGUCGAAGAAGCAAAGAAAGUGGAGAAAUUGAUCUGAAUCUGAAUUGCACUCCAGUCGCACCAUUCUGCUUGGAAAGCUGCAAAGAGGUACAUGACAAGUUAUCAAAAGUCUUGGUUGGGAAGAAAAAUGAGCUGAACGAAGGUUAUUCUUGGACUCUACUGCAUCUAGUGGAUGAUGGAUCUGGCGUAUAUAUUGAUGACGUCUGUGGUGUGUAUAUUGAUGAUGAAUACCUAAGAACAAUGUGCCACUCCAAACUGGCAGUUGCAAGGAGACUGAUGGAGGAGUGUUUUGAGCCAAUCCGGGAUAGGCACACAAGAAUUAAAGUGAUUCCAAGUGUUGUUUACAAUUGUCGAGCUAAUUUCAAUCGGAUCCAUUUUGGAGGCUUCUACACUGCUGUUUUAGAGAAGGAAGAUGAAAUUAUCUCUGUUGCAUCCCUUAGGAUUCAUGGAUCAAAGCUUGCUGAAAUGCCCUUUAUAGCAACAAGUGAUUUGUACAGAUGCAAAGGAAUGUGCAGAAAACUUAUGGAUGGAAUAGAAUCAGCUCUUCGCUACCUUAAUGUUGAAAACCUGAUAAUUCCAUCAAUAGAGGAGAGAGUAAGAAACUGGUGUGACAGAUAUUGUUUUGGUCGCCUGGAGGAAUCGAUGAAGCAAGAAAUAAUGGGCCGGAACACUUUGAUGUUCCAUGACUCAGUCAGAUUGCAGAAGCCAUUGUUGUGGUCGUCUCACUUCGCAGAAUCACACAGAGAACACAAUGAAUGUCCUCCUUCACUCCCGACUAAACUUGUGCGUAAUAAUAUAUGUUCUGUUUGA